AUGUCUGAAUUGAGAGACUUCAACCGCAUGUUCAGCCUCGACGGCAAGGUCGCGCUCGUCACUGGAGGCUCGAGAGGCCUCGGCCUUCAUACUGCGACCGCUUUUCUCCUCGCCGGUGCGAAGAAAGUCUUCAUCUCCGCGCGUAAGAACGAAGGAGAGCAAGGCAUCGACCAAGCGGUCGAGAAGCUCAACAAGCUGCCUGUAUCUGGUACAGCGGUCGGCGUCGCUGCCAAUGUCGCGGACACAGAAGAUAUCGAGAGGCUAGUCAGAAAGGUCCAAGAGACAGAUGACAAGCUGGAUAUCCUCGUGUGCAACGCGGGAGCCACAUGGGGAGGGCCGUUCGAUCCGACACCAGACUGGUCGAGCAAGAAAGUGCUCGACCUCAAUGUUCGCGGUGUCUUCAACCUGGCACGACUCUUCGCACCCCUGCUCGAACGCGCUGGUACCCGUCAAUCGCCCUCCCGCGUCAUCAUCGUCUCUUCCACAGCCGGCACGACCGUUCCCCACGUCGGUGAGCACGGCACUAUCAUGUACAGCAUCUCCAAAGCUGCAGCCCACCACCUUUCAAGGCAGCUCGCUGUCGAACUCGGGCCCAGGAAUAUCACAACCAACACCGUUGCACCGGGCUUCUUCCCCUCGAAACUCGCAAACGGGCUGAUCGAGAUGCUGGGCGGGCAGCAAGAGCUGGAGGAUAACAAUCCGCGAAAGCGGCUGGGCGAGCCAGAGGACAUCGCUGGCGUCAUGGUAUUCCUGUGUAGCCCAGCAGGAGCAUACAUUAAUGGGGAAGACAUUGCUGUGGAUGGUGGUAUGAGACUUGCAUCAGGACGCCAUUCUAAGCUCUAG